AUGUGGCGAAUUAUCAAAGAUGGAGACUUCAUACCAAGAAUAGAUCAAACCGAUGCAACAUUUGUUGAAAAGAAAGAAGCAAAUUGGACAAUAGAUGAAAAAUCUAAGGUACUUAUAAACUCAAAAUCUCAAUUAUUUUUAUCAUGUGCUUUAAGCAAGGAAGAAGGUGAGAGAGUAGAUGAAUGUGAUACAGCAAGGAAAGUAUGGGGCACACUGCAAACUCACCAUGAAGGAACAAGCCAUGUUAAAGAAACAAGAAUUGACAUUGGCAUUCGAAAGUUCAAAAUAUUUGAAAUAAAUGAAGGAGAAACAAUCGAUAAAAUGUACUCAAAAUUCACAACCAUAGUGAACGAAAUGCGUUAUCUUGGCAAAGCUUAUUCAGUGCAAGACAUGGAAGAUAAACUUGUAAAGAAAAGCAAAAUAAUAUCUUUAAAAGCAUCUCAAAAUUCACCAAGUAUUCAACAAGCAAAUGAGAAAAGUGACUCAGAAGAAAACCAAGAACAUGUUGAUGAAGAGAUUUCUCUUUCACAAGAAAGAUACAAAGAAUAA